CCUCGUUUCUGCACACACUCCCAGCAGCGUCGUCUUUCUUUAUCGUCAGGUCUGGCUCAGACACUCAGAGGCGAAAAUAGAGCCUGCCCUCCUGCUUGGAAGGGAGCGGUCGCGGAGGGACACGGCGGAGGAGCGGUACUCCAGUGGGACACUACGCAACUCGGGAUGUUGGCCAAAGAGUUGUGCUGGAGGGCCUAGAAAUAUGCAGAGAGAGAACACGUUUUCCCCAGUUGUACACUUAAAGCAACAGCAGAGGCAGCGGCAAGUACAGCAACCCGUGAAUAAUUAACUCCAUGGAUUCCUAACCUGACGGCUGUAUGCUCACUUGUCUUCUGUGUUGUGAUCCUGCUUAUUUAUUUAUUUUUGAGAAAAUGAAUGUCGGAGUUGCCCACAGUGAGGUCAACCCCAACACAAGAGUCAUGAACAGCAGAGGGAUGUGGCUCACGUAUGCGCUUGGAGUUGGCUUGCUUCAUAUCGUCUUGCUCAGCAUUCCUUUCUUCAGUGUUCCAGUUGCAUGGACCUUAACCAACGUUAUUCACAAUUUGGGAAUGUAUGUAUUUUUACAUGCAGUAAAAGGAACACCUUUUGAAACACCUGACCAAGGUAAAGCAAGACUACUGACACAUUGGGAGCAGCUGGACUACGGUGUGCAGUUUACAUCCUCACGGAAAUUCUUCACAAUCUCUCCAAUAAUAUUAUAUUUCCUAGCAAGCUUCUAUACAAAAUACGAUCCAGCACACUUCAUCCUAAACACUGCUUCACUUCUAAGCGUACUAAUUCCCAAGCUGCCACAACUUCAUGGAGUCAGAAUCUUUGGAAUCAACAAGUAUUGAACAAGAAAUAUGGAAUGGGAGCAAUCUGACCAAAAUAUGGCACAACUGGCUGUUUUCCUUGGUGAAAAGAACAGUUGUAGUGCCACUUCUCUAGUAAUCUACCACAAGACUUUUUACUCCUAAGACUCAAAUGCUAUUCUUUCCAAGCUGUGUGGGAGAGAAAUAGACUUUCUGAAAGUGUUAGAUUUAAGUGGUAUACUUCAGAGAAUAGGCUUUAGGAGCUGGGCAGGCCUAGCUGCGUCAUGUUAGAGAUAACAAAUGAGUUGAAGGGAGUAUGGAUAGUUUGAAAAAUAAGCAUAAUGUAUCACGAAUAAGUCAGCUGCGAUAAGGCAAAAUGCAUUAGUAGAAGAGUGGAAAUAUUCCACUUCUCAAUUUAAUGGGUUGGUGUGGUUUAAAUUCUGUAAAGUAGCCAGUCAUUUGCUGCUUGAGUGGUUUUGCUUUCUGUUUCUAGAUCUAGGGUUUUCUGUCCGGCUGCAAAUGUUGCUAGGUUAACAUUAAAGAUACAGCUUGCUGUGACUGUAUUGUAAUGGAGUUCAUGCCUUAUCUGUUCAUUUAACCUUUAAUCUCAAUAACUCCUCUAGUUUUAGAUGAACAAAACUCAGGGGAAUGAUAUGUCAACUUUUAAGCCUGCCUUUUGUAUAAAUUUAAACUUAUCAAUAUUUGCUAGUUUACCAACUGAAGCUGAUCAUUCUAAAAUAGUAAAAUCCAGAAUGUCUGAAACCUAUAAACCACUCUCUCUUUUAGGGUAGAAUUGGGCUUUUUUUUUUUUUUAUUGGCUUUCUUCAAAUAGCUGGGCUCCUAAAGGAGAAGAGGUUGCAACCUCAAAAACCAAUCAGACUGCUAAAUCUCUAGCUAGAUAGCUCAUAAAAACAGUCCUAGUCUUUCUGUUAGUAGAGAUGUCACCAGUGAAAAUGCAAUCCUUGAUGCUUCCAGGAGUUUUCUUAUGAUAGGUAACUCAAAUAGCAAGUAUUGCUUAUGUGGUAUUUUAUUGGAUUUCUGCAUCUGAUAUUAAGGGACCUUAGAUUGGUUUCUUUUCCUUUGUGCUUUACAUGUAUGUAGGUUUGGGAGAUUUUCAGAAAAUGAUUAAGUGUGCAUAGCAGAUUGUAAUUGCUUUGGCAAGGAAGCUUAAACUAUUUAGUUAAAGAAUCUCUUAACUUAAGAUGUUAAUGGUCAUAGUUUCAGUGUUGGGGUACAACAACCAUGUGUGGCAUUGGCAUAUGGAAAACACUGUGGUAUUGCAUAGCUGUCUUGAGAAUAUAAUAUUGUAUGGGUAUGACUGCAAGAAGAGGCAUGUGUUUUCACUGACUGAAUUUGAAGUUGUCGUGAUUUACUAGAAUACAAGUACCUUUCUUAUAAUUAACACUCUCUCAUUGUGCUAUUUGGCCUGCUUCUCUGCUACAAUGGCUCUUGAAUUCAGGCCAGUAACUAUUAUGCCUUCAAAGUAAUAAUUGGUUAUUUUCAAGAAAUUAUACUUUCUUUCUGUUGUUCUUUUUCUGUGAAAAGGUGUUUUUUAACAAUGUUUUAUAUUAAUAAAGUGGCUGACUUUUAAGACUGAUUGUGUAAACAUAAUACAUUGUAAGAGCAGUUUACUGUACCAAAAGUUUGCGAGCAUAACAAAUCACUAUUGUGCUUUUGUAAAUAGAAUUAUAGUUGUAAUGUAGGGCAAGUGUUUGAAACACUACGUCGGAUGUAUGGAGCUUUUUCAACCAUUAUAUAAGAAGUUGUUGUAGGCUUUGUUUUCUAUCUAUCCUGACAUUUUUCCAGCCCCAAUUGGAUUCAAGUGGUUUACCCAAUUAAAAUAAUUUGUCCUGA